UCAAGAGUGUAUGACUGUAUAUAAUGCGCCUACUGGAACAGAGCAGAUCAACUGUCUCUUCUUUAUCUCUCUGCCUUUUUUUUUUUCUUUACACUUGAAUUGAUUCCUCAAUCAUUUACUUGAAAAAGGGUUUUGAUAAAUUUCUCUGCUUUCUUUCUGGGUUCUGUUUGUUUGCACCCAAACCAAGCCCUCCUGCUCUUGGUUGCUGUAAAAGUUCUGGUUUUCUCUCUUUCUUCUGGUGUCCUAAUGAUCUCAAUCGCUUCUGCAAAAGACUUGCAAGAGGAGAAGAUGGAGACGACCAACCAAUUAUACAGUAGGGAAUUCCAAGCAAUGUUGGACAGUCUAGAAGAUGAUGACAACUCAGAGGAAACUAGUCAAACCGCAGAGAAGAAACGUCGACUAAGUAUCAGUCAGGUAAGGGCACUGGAGAAGAGUUUUGAGGCUGACAACAAGCUAGAGCCAGAGAGAAAGGCAAAAUUGGCACAAGAAACAGGCCUGCAACCAAGACAAGUAGCAAUUUGGUUUCAAAACCGCCGCGUCCGUUGGAAAACUAAGCAAUUGGAGAGAGACUAUGGCAUCCUUAAAGCCAAUUAUGAUGAUCUCAAGGUCAAUUACAGUAAUCUUGAGCAAGAAAAAACAGUUCUAUAUGAGCAGCUAAACGAAUUGAAAGCCAAGCUCCAGGAAGAGAAUCCAGACACUGGUAGCUGUUUUAAAGAAGAGUCCCCUGCAUCCCAGCUGAGUAAAAACCAUGAUCUUUGUGAUCAUGUGAAUGGUCAAGAACGAAUAUAUCCGGGAUACUCUUCUUCCCUGGAGUUGAAUGGCUCUUCUUCAUCUGCUCCAUUCACAUCCGACUCCAGAAUGAUUUUGCACAAUGUUUAUCAACCACAGCUAGUGAAGAUAGAAGAGCAGAAUUUUCUGCGUGCAGAGGAUUCCUACAACUUCUUUUCAGUUGAUCAAGCUCCUACUCUCCACUGGUAUUUUCCCGAGCAGUAAAAUCAGAGAAAUCAUCAAAAAGUUAACUCAUGCUUUUCAAGACUCUGUAAAUUGGUCCACUUGUUCUUCCCUCAUUGAACAAAACAAAAUCAGUAGUUCAACUCUGCCACAAUGACGAGAACAGUAGUUUGGCAAAUCAAGACGUUAGAAGUCUAAUGCUUUACAUGAAGCGCCAUUUGUUGAAAGAUUUACCUUGUUGCACCAACGAAGGCAAAUGCAACAUGCAACAUGCAACAUGAAUGAGCAAACAUGUUCCAAAUUUUAUUGUUUGCUUGAACACCAAACUCAAACAAGACUAAGCUUUCAGGUGUUCAUGUUUUGCCGUUUCAAAGGGUAAUCAAUUACCUUAAAGCUCUUAAAUUAUAUAAAAGUAUAAUAAAAUCCCCCAAGCGAUGGGAAGUGGAUUAGUGGAUA